GAGAAUUCUCCGCCUAUUAGAACUCUCCCUCUCUUCCUCUCUUUCUCUCUCUAAUUCCCUGCAUUUCUCUCUUAGCCUUUUCUUCUUAUUCAAACGCACGCUCUCACGACAUCAGUACCUCCUCGUCCUGUCUUUUUUACGUUGUCGUUUGUUUGUUUGUUUUCUUUUUCUCCCUAAAAUUCUUUAAAUUUUCUAAUUUCUUUCAUUCCCCCCCUCUCUCUCUCUCUUCCCGUUUCCGUUUCCGAUCGUAGCGGAAAACUGGAGCAGAAAAAAAGGAGAAUUUUUAAGGGAAUUCUUAGCUGAUCAUUGAUACAGAAGCGAAUUUUCUGUAUUCUGUCGAAGUCUGAGGGUUGAAGAGAUUCUCCAGAUGCUAAAUAUUGGCAGGAACAGAAAUCAGCCAAGGAAUAACAGAUCUAUGCCACUUGGGGGCUUGGAUUAUGCUGACCCUAAAAGGAAGGGUAAUAUUGUAGGGAAGAUUUUUUUGGCUGCUGCCCUCACAGCCUUAUGCAUUAUUAUGCUCAAGCAAUCCCCAACAUUUAACACCCGAAGUCUGUUCUCGGUGCAUGAGGAAGGGGUGACUCAUGUCCUGGUGACUGGUGGUGCUGGCUACAUUGGUUCACAUGCUGCAUUGCGACUUCUGAAGGAUGGUUACAGGGUAACCAUAGUGGAUAACCUCUCACGGGGAAACCUAGGUGCUGUCAAGGUUUUACAAGAACUAUUCCCGGAACCUGGGAGGCUUCAGUUCAUUUAUGCUGACUUAGGAGACGCAAAAGCUGUUAACAAAAUAUUUUCAGAAAAUGCAUUUGACGCUGUGAUGCACUUUGCUGCUGUUGCAUAUGUUGGGGAAAGCACCAUGGAUCCUCUUAAGUACUAUCACAACAUUACAUCAAAUACUUUGGUAGUACUGGAGUCAAUGGCUGCACAUGAUGUAAAGACUUUGAUAUAUUCUAGUACAUGUGCAACGUAUGGGGAGCCUGAGAAGAUGCCUAUUACUGAAGACACUCCACAGGUCCCAAUUAAUCCAUAUGGAAAAGCUAAGAAGAUGGCAGAAGAUAUGAUCAUGGAUUUUUCCAAAAAUUCUGACAUGGCAGUUAUGAUAUUAAGAUACUUCAAUGUGAUUGGUUCAGAUCCAGAUGGCAGAUUAGGUGAGGCUCCUAGACCUGAAUUGCGUGAGCAUGGACGAAUUUCUGGUGCCUGUUUUGAUGCUGCUCGUGGUAUUAUUUCUGGUCUGAAGGUUAAAGGAACAGAUUACAAGACACAUGAUGGUACUUGUAUUCGAGAUUAUAUUGAUGUUACUGAUCUUGUUGAUGCUCAUGUGAAAGCUCUAGAAAGGGCAUUGCCUCGUAAAGUUGGCAUCUACAAUGUCGGCACUGGAAAAGGUAGAUCUGUCAAUGAAUUUGUGGAGGCAUGCAAGAAGGCAACCGGUGUAAACAUCAAAGUCGACUAUUUACCUCGCAGACCUGGUGAUUAUGCCGAAGUUUUUAGUGACCCAACAAAAAUUAGGCUGGAGUUGAACUGGACCGCACAACACACUGAUCUCCAGGAGAGCUUACAGAUUGCAUGGAGAUGGCAAAAGUCGCAUAGAAACGGGUAUGGAUCACCUCUGGUGAUGGCUUCUUGAAUAAAAUAUUUUGACAAUCUGAUGGUAGUCCAAAGCAGAAAUUUAAGGUGGGCCCCAUGCAGCAGCACCCAGAUUCAGCUGUGCUUCUAAUGUUUUAGAAGAGGGGUCUGACAGAAAUUUUUUGUUCACUAUCUAAUUAAUAUAUAUUGUUAGGAGUAGCCAAUUCAUUAUAUGUAUCGAACACAUGAUAGCUUAAUAAUAUGAUGCCCCGUUGGCUGAGGCGCAGGUAUAGUUUUUACUGAUUUAUAUUGCCUUUCUUCUGACCCUCUCUUGUAGCUUGUAAUAUAUAAUGUAUAACAUAGUUCUGGCAAUUCUGAUC